CCAAGCCCGGCCCACAAUUUGGCCCGGUUUAUAUAUUAACCUAAACAUCUCGCUCAAACUUAGGGCUUCAUAUUCGCACACUUUGAUCAGAGCAAGAGAGAGCCGCUGCUGCACGUACACUUAGAACAAAGCAAUGGCUCGUAUCAAAGUGCAUGAGCUUAGGCAGAAAUCGAAGGCAGACCUCUUGACCCAGUUGAAAGAUCUCAAGGCCGAACUCGCCCUCCUUCGCGUUGCUAAGGUCACCGGCGGUGCUCCUAACAAACUCUCCAAGAUCAAGGUGGUGAGGUUGUCUAUUGCACAGGUUUUGACAGUUAUUUCACAGAAGCAGAAGGCUGCAUUGAGGGAGGCUUACAAGAAGAAGAAGCUUUUGCCUCUUGAUCUGCGUCCCAAGAAGACCAGAGCUAUCAGAAGAAGGCUCACAAAGCAUCAGGCAUCAUUGAAGACAGAGAGGGAGAAGAAGCGGGAGAUGUACUUCCCUAUGAGGAAGUAUGCCAUUAAGGUGUAAGUUAGGAUCUUUUUUAUAGCAUAUUGGCGUCAUGCAGCCAUGGACUCAUUUGUUUGAAGAAUUUUGAUUUGUUGCUUCUUAAUGUUACUUUUGGCAAAAUUUAGUUUGUGUCUAUCAGUUUCAUGUGUAAACUGGAAGGGUGGUAGUUUAUCAUGGAAUAUUUAUUAAAAGAGAGAUUUUAUUCCUA